AAUUCAAAUUUUGAACAAGCAGUAGCAGUGUGUGCGCGCGUGAGUGUGUGUAUGCGCGUGCAGAGGAAGCUUUAGAAAAGACUAGUCCUCAGAUAGGGUUUAUAGUGAGGAAAGCGGGGUGUAACAGCGUUAUUUAGUUCGAGUUUAUAAUUAAUUUACUCUGGAAUGGAUCCGUUCACCGAGAAACUGUUAGAGCGCACUCGAGCUCGGAGGGAGAAUCUUCAGAAGAAGAUGGCGGAGAGGCCCACAGCAGCCAAUCGACAAAUGACCAAGAGGUCAAGAGAGCCACUCGCAGAGACAAACAGUGUCAUCAGUCAGCCACCGGCUGAAAAAGUACUUCCCUCCUCCAAACCCUCUCCUUCUAAGCGCCGCUGCUCAGAGGAGAAUGCCGUUGGGGAAGAGAACAAGGAACCCGCUACUCUUCAGGUCACGGCUUCAGAGCCCGCAAAGGACAAGAGUCCCACCACAGCACCAAGCAGUGUCCACUCAGCUACAGUGGAGAGACUACCUAUGCAUUCUAGCUUAGACUCGGGCAAAGGGCCUGCACACACACUUCCAGACACUGAGAAAAUUGAGGCUUGUCCUUCACAGACCAGAACAGGAUGCACAGAUAAGAUGAAGCACUCUAUGAUGGCGGAAAGCAGCGAAGAUCUCAAAGGCACUCCUGCUGCCACUCCAACUGCCAGCAACAUGAGAUCUCGUCUGCAGAGACUGGCAGAACAGAGGCACUACUGGGAUUCAGAGGGUAACUUGGAGCCAGUUCCCAACAGCAUAGCUCUGUCCCCUGUUAAAUCCCAAAGGAUGGAGAUUGCUACUAAUCCAGCUCCAGCCAUCACAUCCGAGAAGCCAUUAGGCAGGAAGGGCAGACUGGCAAACCUUGCUGCGACAAUCAGUUCCUGGGAAGAUGAUCUCGGGCAACCGCCCACUUACAGAGACAAUGCACAAGGGCAGCCUGGCACAGCCUGUGUUCCUCCUCCAGCACAUGUGGGAAUGAGCACUAGUGUCAAGCCCAUUUCUGUUGCACAACAAGCUAAGACUGUCCAGCCAGUUGCUAGCAAGUCUGUCCACAGCACUCAGCAGCCACCAGUUUAUUCUCCAGUCAAGCCCUCCAGAGUGAUUCCUCCAAGCCCACAGAAGACUGAGGUUCCUGAGAGAAAGUUGGCUAAAGGACACCUCUCUCCAGCAUCCAGCCCUGUGAAGAGCUUCUCUAGUCAGCACUCCACUCCACUCAAAUCUGGAAGAGUCCCAUCGUCUUCUCAGUCUACCCAGAGUUCCCAAAGCCCUCUGAAGGCCCCAUGCAAAGACCUAGGACUAGGAAAAUCGGUUAAUGCAAGUCCUGCAAAAACAAAUGUUCCUGCCAACCCUUCCUCCAGUGUAGUGCUCUCUCAGGCUGCUGAGAGGCUGACCAAGGAUUCAACACCCCUACCGAAAGGUGGCCCAGUUGGACCUUCUGGUGGUGUCAAGUCCUUUUUGGAGCGUUUUGGGGAAAGGUGUCAAGAACGUAAUCAGGGUUCUCCUCUUAACGGUGUUGGUCUGGCUCGUUCACCUGUUGUUACACCAUCAUCCACUCACAAAUCGACAUUGUUUCAGGAGAGGCUUGCUGUCACACAGGGCACUUCCAGUACAGCCCUCCUCACUCAGAAGCAGAAAAUGGAGCGUGAUGUAGAAUUGGCACAGGUUCGCAGUCGAUUUCAGAACAACAAGAUGUCAAAAAGCAGAGAGGAUCUCACCGAGGACACAAAUAACUCAGAAUCUAAGGUGGAAAAAGAUCCCAUUAAAACGUCUGUCCCAGUACUUAACACUGAGCUGUCAGCACCAGUCCUGGAUAUUCUGGAAAAAAAAUCCAGUGAAAAUGAAACCUCAAAUAUUAAGCCUGUCAUGUCAAGCCCAAUGAAGAAGGUUGAGGUUUCAGUAGAAAAAGAAGAAAUGGAGGAGCAAAAAGAAAAAGGCAAGAAGAUUAAAAGCUCUUCAGAGGAGGAGAUACGUGAAAUCGAGAUGAAUGUCGAUGGCUCCAUUAACUCUGAGGUCAUUAACCAUUAUUUUGAAGAUGUAUUGGAGGAGAAUGAUGAGCAUGAUGCUGAAGAGGAUGAUGAGGAAGAUGCUCUAAACAUCUCCUCCAUGUCUCUCCUCACCCCGCUGGCAGAGACUGUGGCUGCUGUGGUCAAGAGCCCUGAGAGGAAAGUCAUGACAUCAACCCCAGCCAGCUCCUUUAUUGAGAAAAAUGGAACUCCUGAAGGUGUAUCCAGGCCCACAAAAUUCCAAAGGGCACGAAUGCUUUGUGCUGGCUCUUCUGACAGCAUUGAUGCUCUGGAAGAAGAGCACAAACUACCCUACAGCAUUGAUGCAUACAGAUCAACUAGAAUAAAGGAGACUGAGAGACCUCAGGUAAAACAGGUGAUUGUGAGGAAAGAAGAUGUGUCUCAAAGAAUGGAAGAACCCCAGAAUGCCAGUCACAUUAGCAUUAAACAAAAGAUGCAGGUUUUGACCAAUGAGAUGAACAUGCAGCAGACGGUGAUCCAUCAAGCCAGUCAGGCACUGAACUGCUGCACAGACGAGGAGCAUGGAAAGGGCUCUCAGGUUGAGGCUGAAGCUGAGAGGCUGCUGCUUAUAGCCACUGAGAGAAGAGUGGCUCUGAAAGCUGAGCUGGAUCGGCUAAAGGCAGAGGGACCAGCAAUUCAGAAGAAAAGUUCCUCCAAAGCCCCGGAAGACAUCGGAGUGCCUGCCUCCAAGGGCUCCAUCACCCUGCAAGAGCUCAGAUUACCACUUAAGGCAGACUUUGUCUGUUCUACCGCUAAUAGGCCUGAAUCUGGAUGCCAUUACUUCUUUGUGAUGAUCCGUGCUGGAGCCGAAAACACGGUUGCUACUCCUCUGGCCAGCAUCAACAAUUCACUCAGUGGGGAUGCCUUGACCUUUUCCACCAAGUUUACUCUGCCUGAUGUGUCCAGUGACUUUGAGAUUGAUAUUGAGGUUUAUUAUCUUGUUCUGAAACGUGAGCUGUUUCUUGAUAAAAGAAAGAAGCCAUCUAAGUCCAAGGCAAUCACUCCCAAGAGAUUCCUUGCAAUCACUAAAAGCAAUCUCCAAACACCUGUAGUGGCAAGUCCCGGGGGCCCGAAUGCAGUGCGCUCCAGUAACUUUGCUCUUGUUGGGUCACACAAGUUAACCCUGGCUGCUAUUGGGAAAAACAAAUUUCCCCUGGAAAAGAUGAAUUAUGAAGGGUGUGAGAGCAGGCUUCUCAGUGACAUGUUUCAGACUAAGGUUCCCUUUCUCUGUCCUUUGGAAGGCCAUAUUUACCUCAGGAUUCAGUGUGAGGUUGACUCCCACGUGCAGGAAAGAGGCUUUUUGACCAUGUUUGAAGAUGUCAGUGGUUUUGGAGCCUGGCAUAGGAGAUGGUGUGUCCUCUCAGGGUACUGCAUCUCCUACUGGACUUAUCCCGAUGAUGAAAAACGCAAGAAUCCUAUUGGUCGUAUCAACUUGGCAAGCUGUGUAAGUCGGAAAGUGGAGCCUGCUAACCGCGAGUUCUGUGCCCGGCCCAACACUUUUGAACUGAUUACAGUGAGACCACAACGGGACGAUGACAAAGAAACUCUGGUCAGCCAGUGCAAGAACACGAUGUGUGUCACAAAGAACUGGCUUAGUGCUGAUACAAAAGACGAGAGAAAUCUGUGGAUGCGGAAGCUCAAUCAAAUCCUAGUAGAUCUGCGCAUGUGGCAGCCAGACUCGUGUUACAGGCCAGUGUGACCCUGACAGAGACUGAGCUCAAUGGUCCUAAUCCAACACAAAAUAUCAAACUGUUUGCUGAGACGUGCAAUACAAUAUCAGUUACAAAACGUUUACAGUCGAGUAUAAAGUUAAGGAAUUGUAUAUUUGACCGAAGUUAUGGACAUGGGAGAUUAAAAUUGAAUAAAGCAAUGCUUAACAUUUAACACAAUAAUCCACCUCACAUUAUUUGUAGAAGGCAAAGCCGUGUGUUGGUUCAUGGUUAAUAAAAUCAGUGUCAGGAAGAUUUAGUUUAACUGGCAAAGUUACUGAAGUUUAAAGCUCUAGGGUAUAUAUUUAACAAUUUCCUUAAUAAAAUACAGUUGGUUUGCAUUUAGAUAUGUGAAAUUUCUGCUUUAAUCUUUAUAUUUAAACCAGACUUUGCCUAACACUCAAUGUAUGUUCUGUAAUAAACAUGGAAUUAGUAACAGCUUCAGUAAUGUGUACACAGUUGCUUAAACCACAGUAAAGCAUUUGCAAUAUAUUAUUUUAAACAGUCUUCCAUAUAAUCAUAACACAGGACAGUAUUUGUUAUAACACCCGUGUGUUUGAUGUACACAAUAUUUUAGCUCUUGAUUAAUACAGUUUCAGGCUUCAUGCCUACAUCUUAGAUUUAGUUUUAUGACAUUUUUAUACUUUGGUAUACUUGUAAAUAUUGAGAGCACAUCAUUUUUGACAUAUUCAGGAGUUAUGCUUGAUUUGCUUUUAUUCAGGGACAUUUUGUUAUAGUUUUAUAUGUAUUCUCUGUGGGUUGAACAAAGUACUUUAUAAACAUUUCAUGUAUUGACAGUUGAAUUUGGCUGGUCAACAGGAAUUAUAAUGGAGCUGUUUUUUCCCAUUUUAUUGACCUUUUUAUUUGUGUUAUCAGUUAACGUUAAGAUGCUUUAUGAUGUAGAGUGCCAAGACUGUAUUCUGAGCUGAUGAAACUACUACUAAAGUACACACUUUAAUGUCAAUAGCUGCUUUAACUGUUUAUCUUGCAGUAGAUCAUUUAAGAUAAAAGAUUUAAGAUAUCUCUACAACACACCAGUUUGAGUGUACGUGAACUACUUAGACAAAUUUAGAGUUUGUUAUUGACACAAAGCAGACAAUGGCUUUUAUUUUACUUUAUACUAGCAUUUUAUUCUAUUAAUUUGGCUUAAAUGCACAUAGAUGGCUGGAUAAAAGCCUUAAUACAAUAUUUUUGAUUUGCUGUGACAAGUGUACAAGUUUAUUAUAGCAGUUUGUGUGUGUUUCUUGGUUUCCUGCUCUGUUUUUUAAACACUCCAAAUGUAGUGUCAAGAAAUAUGCAUUGCUGACAUGCCAAUAAAAGCCAGCAGCUUUAAC